CCUUUUCAUACAGUUUUUGUGAAAUUACCAAAUGGAGCUAUGGACCCUCUUAACAAAAUUAAGGUCCUACUGAAGAAAUGGGAGACUUCUUUUUUUCUGGAGCACCAGAGGAGGCCCAGCAAGGCAGAUGUUCUGGAUGCUCCUGAAAAAAUAAAAAAACUAUACAGAGAGUACAAGGCUCUAAAGGAAUCCAAGGGGCAUGAUGGUCCACCUGGGUCUGUCGUGAUCUGCCAGCAAGAGAAUCAGAAACGGCCAGCACCAGAAAAGAUACCUGAUUUUGAUUCCUGGGGAACUCACCUGAAUCGAGGCCAGAAGAUUCCUAAAUUGGCCCACCAAGAUCCAGAGGCACUGCAGGCUUCUGCACAGCAUUUUGGGAUGAAGCUGAAAUGCAACUUAGGUGCAAGAAUUAAGGAAUGUCCUAUGACUUUAAGGAGAUCCCUCACUCCCAAAAGGAAACCAGUUAAAUUAGCGCGGAAGGAUGGACCUCAAAUUGUGAACAUGGUGCCUUUCCCAUCACCAGAAGUCCAUUUGUUAAAAACUACCCCCAAUAGUUUGCCUGGCUCUAAUGCCAAGGAACUUGCAGCUCUUCUUCCUUCUUCAUUUCCAGACCUGACUGAUACUCAGUUGCUCUCUCCUGAUCCAAAACCAAGACUGUCAUCACCGGAUUGGUUUCAGUGGCAAAAGCAGGCUAUAACAAAACAAUUGAGCAGUUUGGAUGCUGGAUGGCUGGACAGGUGUCAAGGGACAAAACUGGAGACUAGGGAGGAACUAAUCAGAGACUACAGUUCGGUCCCAGUUAAUGGGGCACAGCCAUACCAGGAAUUGCCAGAAUGCAUUUCCUUCGAAACAUUGACUCCAUUUUUCCAAACUGAGAAAAGAAAAUGGGAGAAAGAUUGCAACCCUCCCCAGGAAAAUUGUCAGAAGGACGUGUUAGAGAGGCAGCCCCUGGUCCAAAGUCCUGAAGACCUCAGGACAUUGAGCAUUCAGGAUAAUCAGACUGCAGGAAAGGCAUCAGACAACAAAGGGAUAAGUGUAGCAUUCAGUGAAACCAGUGCUGAAUUUUCCACCAUCAAGCAGAUUCAAAACCAGGACACUUGCAGAAAAGAUGGCAGCCAGAAAAUGGAGGAGUGUCUUCUGCAAGGAGCUUCAUCCAGGCUGAGAGGUGCUUUGUGUGAUGUGGGGCAUGGGCAACUUCCCCCUGCCAAGAAAGGGAAAGUGUCUGGCAAAAAGAGGCAUCUGGAUACUGCAGGUGAUGAUGAUGUUGCUCUGGGCAUUUCCAAACAUCAUGGUGUUUGUACAAAGCGCCAAAGGACUAAAGAGCUAGUUGAGGACAGCCGUGUCAAAAAAUGGCACCGUUUCAGUCAAAAGCCAGGAAUGGAUGAAUAUGACUUUGAUCAGGACACUGUCGAAGUGGAAGAAGAAAAGAAAAUGGUGGUUCCGUUUCCUUCUGAAAAUGUACUUGGAGACCUCAAUGAGGAAGAGUGUCCUAAGUGGAGUGGGAAGUCCAGCAUUCCAAGCUGCAGGAUGCCACCGAAGAAGUGUGGCAAUUUUGUCCGUCUCAAUAUGAAGACAAAGUCCCAUGUAAAGAGUUCCACCUUGAAAGGAAAACAGCUUCGCAAGCAGGUGUGGAGGCAGAAGUGGCAGAAAAAGGGGCAGCAGUUUGGUGGAGGCGGCAGACCUGUGGACCAAAGUUCCGAUACGUGCUUCAAAUGCGGGGGACGUGGUCAUUGGUCUUCGCAGUGCAAAGGUGAAGGUCGUCUCUCUGCCGCUGGCACCCUGCUGGAGGAAGACCGCUGUGCUGCUGGGGAGGAAGUACCUCUGUUAACCCUGGAGGAAGUGGCUCAAAUGACCAACACAACCUACACAAUAAUUUCAGCAAAAAGUGAGAGCAGCCAAGAAACCCCGAAGCAGGGUGCUCAGGAAGAAGGUCGCCUGCAAGUAGGAAGGCCUGCAUAUGAAGCGUUCGCUCCCCCUGCACCAAUGGAGCCUUUCUACGAACUGGGGCCGGAUAAGGAGGUGAGAGAUACGCCUCCCGAAGUGUUCCAAGCGCUGGCUGAGCUGGGUUAUACUUCCUUCCGCCCAGGACAGGAAACAGCAGUGAUGAGGAUACUCUCAGGGCUCUCCACCUUGGUGGUCUUGUCAACAGGGAUGGGAAAGUCCCUCUGCUACCAGCUCCCUGCAUAUCUGUACAGCAAGCGGUCCCCGUGUAUCACGUUGGUGAUCUCUCCCUUGGUGUCACUGAUGGAUGACCAAGUCUCUGGCCUUCCUCGGUGCUUGAAGGCGGUCUGCAUCCACUCCAACAUGACGAAGGCUCAGCGGGAGGCUGCGAUGGAGCGGGUAAAGGCCGGGAAAGUCCAGGUGCUCCUGCUCUCCCCCGAGGCCCUGGUUGGGGGGGGCCUCUCAAGGGCCAGCUGCCUCCCUGCUGCAGAUCAGCUCCCCGCUGUGGCUUUCGCCUGCAUCGAUGAAGUGCACUGCCUGUCCGAGUGGUCUCACAACUUCCGCCCUUGCUACCUCCGGCUCUGCAAGGUUCUGCGGCAACGCUUGGGCGUGCGGUGUUUGUUGGGCCUGACAGCAACUGCCACCGUUUCAACGGCACAAGAUGUGGCCCAUCACCUGGGCAUCCCAGAGGGCGAGGGGCUGGCUGUGCGCUCUGUGGCAGUUCCUCCUGACUUGUGCCUGUCUGUCUCUGCGGACAGAGACAAGGAUCAGGCUCUCGUAAGUUUGCUGCGAGGGGAGAGAUUUGGGAGCCUAGACUCGAUCAUUGUGUAUUGCACGCGCCGGGAAGAGACGACACGGAUUGCGGCGUUCAUCCGCACGUGUUUCCAGGGGGUGAAGCUAAGAACCCCACCCAGGGAAGAAGAAGAGGACCAUCUCCCUGGAAAAAGGAAGAAAGCCAAAGCUAAAAAAAGCAUCCGCCGCCCUCUGAGAUGGAUUGCCGAUGCCUACCAUGCCGGCCUGUCUGCCACCGAACGCCGCCGCGUGCAGAACAGCUUCAUGUCUGGACAGCUCCGAGUGGUGGUGGCCACGGUGGCCUUUGGUAUGGGUUUGGACAAGUCAGAUGUGCGCGGGAUUGUGCAUUAUAACAUGCCCAAGAACUUUGAGAGCUACGUGCAGGAGAUUGGGCGGGCAGGACGGGACGGCAAACCAGCCCAGUGUCAUCUCUUCCUGAACCCAGAGGGUGAGGAUUUGCAUGAAUUGAGGCGGCAUAUUUACGCAGACACAGUUGACUUCUUCACCAUUAAAAGGCUUGUGCAGAUGGUUUUCUCACGCUGCAAAUGCCGAGAGCUUCAUCAGAAGCAGCAGGAACUCAACAAGGGCUGCGAAGUGGCGGAUGCCGAGAUGCCAGCUGCCCUAGGAGGAAGCUCAGAAAAGCCACCUGAGCCAGAAAAUGGACAGUCACGGAUAUGUUACAGGCAUGAGAGGGCCAUCCCUAUUCAGCAGGCUGUGGAAGCGCUGGACAUCCGAGAAGAAGAUGGCGUUUGUCACCAUUCAGGCGCAGAGACCCUUCUGUGUUACCUGGAAUUGCACCCCUGUCGCUGGGUAGAGCUGCUGCAUUCUACCUUCUCCUCUUGCCGGGUUUCGUGCUACAGAGGUCCUCAGCAGCUGCGGACGGUUUCUCGAAGGUGCCCCCCGCUUGCAGUUUGCUUGGCCCAGCAGCGCCUGAAAGGGAUCUGCGCCACCCAGGCCAGCUCUGUGGAGUUCGAUGUCGUUGAGCUGGCUGAUUCCAUGGGCUGGGAGGUCCUGCCUGUGAAACGCGCUCUGCGGCAGCUGCAGUGGGACACCCAGUGGCAGAACGGUUCCCAAGGGUCUAGGAAGAGCGAGAUCCUGGUGGAGUUCGGGGACCUCUCCUUCCGCCUGCGCUGCUACGGGGAUCUCUCUGACGAUGAGCUGGAUGCUGUGUGUGACUUCCUGCACCGGCGAGUGAUGGAUCGUGAGAAGGCAGCCCUCCGCCAGCUCCACGUGUGCCUCCAGGCUUUUCAGAGCGUGGCUUUCCCUACAUCUGCCUUGUGUUGUGACCAUGCAAAUGAGGAGAGAAGUACCCAGCUGAAGUCCCUGCUGAUGGCUUAUUUUGAGAAGCAGACAGCGCUGGAUGAAACAUUCCUGGGCGGAGAGCAUGAGGCUGACCGUCUCCAGGAUUUUCAGGAAUGGGAACAGCAAAUCCGAGCUGACGUACGCCACUUCCUCUCCAUCCGCCAAGAUGAAACGUUCUCUGGCAGGGCUGUGGCCAGGAUUUUCCAUGGCAUCGGGAGUCCCUGCUACCCAGCUCAGAUUUAUGGCAGAGACCGUCGUUUCUGGAGGAAGUACCUUCACUUUGACUUCCAUAAGAUGAUGCGCUUGGCUACAGAGGAGAUCAUCCGUUGGAAAUGAAUUGAGCUGGGCGGAAUCUGGAGAGAUGAAGCCCCACCGCAGAGCUGCUUGUUCCUCAAGGCUGAGUGCAGGUUGCUGUGGCUGUGAAGAGGCGGCG